AUGAAGUGUACAUUUGCAUACACGCGUAUCCUGCACACGCCCGAGGCCAGUCCACCGCCCGCCUUAUCUGCACCGCUCGUGGGCGUAUCGUCAGAUCCCGGCUACGGAGGCGAGCGAGAUAACGCACGGCAUCGAAAGCCGGAUCAGCAUCCCGGCAUCCCAGUAUCCCGGCAUCCCGGUAUCCCGGCUUCCCAGAAUUCCAGUAUCUCAGGAUCGCGGCCAGCAUUCCAGAAUCUUAUGACCCCAGCAUUCCAACAUCCCAGCAUCCCGGAAUUCCAGGGUUCCGGGAUUCCAGCAUUCCAGAAUCCCAGUAUCCCGGCAUCCCAACAUUCCAAGAUUCCAGGAUUAAGCAUUCCAGAAUCCCAGCAUCCCAGUAUCCCGGCAUCCCAACAUCCCAACAUUCCAGGAUUCCAGGAUUCCAGCAUUCCGGAAUCCGAGUAUCCCAGAUUCCAGCAUCCCAGUAUCCGCAUCCCAAAAUUCCAUGAUUCCAGAAUCCCAGCAAUUCCGGAAUCCCAGUAUCCCGGCAUCCCAUUAUCCCGGCAUCCCAACAUCCCAAAUUCCAACGAUUCCAAGAUUUACAGCAUCCCCAGCCUUCCGGAAUCCGAGUAUCCCAGUAUCUCGUGA